CUAUCCACGACUCUCCAAUGGAGACUUCAGAGGCAGGACCUUCCACUAUUUUUGUGACAAAGACAACUGCUGCUGUAGAGCGACCCCUCCCGUCGAAACAUUUUUACUCGAUCGAGUACCCCGGCUAUGUCCAACCAAAAUCCGUCCCUCUCGCAGUAGAGCGUCUUGGAGGGCAGAGUAAUAUUGACAACGCAUUCAAGCGCUCCUCAGGAAAGACUGAGCCGCUUCUUGAAUUGCAUCUUCGACCGGGCAACCCGUUCGCGCAUCCAGUGCCGGGAGAAGUCGUGCACACGCAUAACAUACUGCUGAAAGUCGUAAAACGAAGACGCAGAAAGCGAGACGGAGAUGUUCCUUCUAGCAGCACGGCAGACGGCUCAGUAGGCGAUUACACAGUGGAAGCAAUGGGUGUCAUACCAAAGACGGCGCGGUUCAGGAGCAUGGUGGACUAUCAAUAUCAGCCAGAUAUGGAUGAUCCUAUAGCGAAAUUACGCACAGCAAUGGACACUAUGGACGUCGAGGGCAUUAUGAACUUUAGGAUACCUCCGGAGCAGGAAGACUAUGUCGUUCCAGAGGAUCCGUCAGCCAUGGACAUCGACCCUCAGCUGACGGGUACAGACAAUAACCAUCAGUCUGGCUUGAAGCUGAAGAGCAACCUGCGACUGUUCCCUCCACCAUUGUUCAGCCGGCAGAAUAUCCCUCAGAAUUAUAACUACAAGGCCAACCCUGCAUCCAUUAUGACCACUGUGAUCAAUGAGGAAACUGGAGAAGAAAAGAAGCGGCUCAUAAACAGGAUGCGUUGGAAGGGGUUCGGACCAAUCUCUAUAGCAUUUUCAGACAAGGUGGUUCCGGAUAAGCCAUCUCCUCUAGUGGAGCAGCAACGCGAGAAAGCUGAUCAGACACUCCUCAAACGAAUAGAAGAGCUAUUCCAAGAGCGUCCUGUUUGGACGCGAGUGGCGAUAUUUAACCAGUUCGAGCCAUUCGAAAUACGGGAGCUCAUCAACUCCAAGUAUCUUCUUCCGCUAGUUUCGUAUGUCUUUGCGGAUGGUCCGUGGCGGGACACACAGAUCCGCUUGGGUUACGACCCACGCGAGGAUCCAGAAGCGCGCUUCUAUCAGAGACUGUACUUUCGCAAUACCAACCAUCCCAUUGUCCGUCCAUCCGUGGUCAGCAAACGCCAGGAGGACAGAGCCCAGCUCGCGCAAAAUCGAUUCGACUCCAACGUGCGAGAGGAGGACCGCAAGUCGCAUAUCUUUGACGGUGUGACGGUAACGAAGGAGACUGCGGCCUUCCAGCUAUGCGACAUCCACGACCCGAUGCUCAAGGAGAUAAUCGAGGACGAGGAGGACCUGCGUGAGGAGUGCAACGAGCGCGACGGGUGGUACUCGACGCACGCAUUCGAGCGCAUCAAAACGGUGCUGCGGCAUAAGUUUUUCUCGCUUCUCGGCGGACACGUCGCGUCGCGCGAGGAAUGCGAGGCCCUGCUAGUCCCGCAGGAGGGCACGAACAAGCUCCCGCAACGUCCUGCACAGCGACUCCGGUUCGGGAAGCACAAUAUGGCGAAGGGCGCAAUGCCUCCAGAAGAUGCAGCGGCACACAGGCUCAUGCAGACGCUGCAACAGAAAGCAAAAGACGGUCGCAGCCAGGAUCAUCGAUGACCCACGUUUCGCCUUUCAACCUGCGUAUGAUAAUAUCUGCCAGAGCUUGUGCAAUAUCAGUAAUCAUGCAGACAAUAUUCAAGUGUUUUGGGGCUUUU